AUGAGAUAUAUAAGUUGUUUCACACAACAUAUGAGAUCACCCAUGCAUCCUAUGGCAAAAUCAUUUUCUUUCUUCGCCGUAAACGAGACAGAUGUGGAGGCUGAAUCUACCACUAAGGGAUCGCCUGGGGAGCCGUGUUUAGAGUCGUCGCGUGAGUUUUCGUCUUCCCACCCUAUAUCCAGAAGCACCUAUUAUGCCGCCAAUGGCAAAGAUAUGGGCGACUUACAUGACCACAUAAAAUCAUCUAAUGUGACUUGGCGAUUCAGAGCUGGUUUCCACAGGAAGUUGAAUGGACAUCCUACCUCUAACUACGCCAUAAUAACUUUCUUUGCAAAUCGAUUGACAACAAGCGGCAUUUUAAAAACUACUCGUCUACAAUGUCCUUUGAAGCCAACAAAACGACACACAUUAGUACAGCCAUCAAACCUUGGCCAUAUAGAGGUAUUCGUUUCUAACGACAUUGGAUUUGUUAAGCAGGAAAAAGUUUGA